GUCCACCGUUUGACGUCACUACAGUCGAAGGACAACAGAAGCAAACAAACCCCCAGGACAACCAAAAGGCUUGACAUUUAGUAAGCCUACUCUAAAAAGGAACAAACAAACGAUUAAGGAUAUUUAAGGACCAAAAGAUGAAGCUCACACGCGGACGUUACACGUAUCUUUUGAUGUCCCAAAUGGCACUACUCGCUGGAGAUUUGUUCUUCAAUGCCUUUGGGGCAUCGCUGGCCAGGAAUCAUCUACAGACAUCCAUAUUCUUCUUUGUCACCCAAGAUGCAUUGAUUAUUGUCGAGUAUUUACUCUUCACUUUGGCCCUGCAUUCGACGUGUGUCUAUCAAGUGGGAGCCUCGCAUAUAAUUCUGAGGAAUUGCAAGCUCUUUUUGGGAAGCAUUACCAUAUAUUUUCUGCUCUCGGCCUCACAGCAUUUCUGGAUCGUCUAUCAGAGUCGAUUGUCGGCGGGAGAGAAUCAGAAUCAAGAAUGGCCUUUGGGUCUCUAUGCAUUGGCUGUCAUCCAUCGAAUAAUGUCGGUUUUCUAUUAUUAUAGCUCCAAAUCGACGGCUUUGACAAUGGCAGAUCCCCGCUACAAGGAGGAACAUCUUGAUUGGAUUGCAGAGCAAUUGGGGGAUAAGUAAAGCGAGGAA